AUGCUUUUAUGGCUAGAUCAAGCAUCUAAAAUCCCAACUCCUGCUGAAAUCGACGCGAUCAUCUCAGCCGAACUACCCAACAAAACGGAAGACCCACUUGGUUUUGAACUGGUGGAAAAACACAUGAUGCAUGGACCAUGUGGGCGAGACAGACCAUCAUCACCAUGCAUGGAUAAAAAUGUUUGCACCAAAAGAUACCCACGUCCAUACAAUGAGUGCACAAUAAUAGAUAAAUCAGGAUAUAUUGCCUACCGUCGCCGUCAAAACGAGGACAACACUGUCAUCAAAGGAAAAACAAGGUUAGAUAAUCGAUUUGUUAUCCCUCACAAUCUUGAUAUCUUGAAAAAGUAUCAAGCACACAUCAACGUUGAAUGGUGCAACACAUCGAAUGCCAUCAAGUAUCUCUUCAAAUAUAUUACGAAAGGAGUGGAUAAAGCAACAGUUUUGAUCGAAAAUGGCACAACCGAUCCAAAGAACAAUGAGGAGAGCAAAAAGGUGGCAAAAGAGAGGAAUGAAAUUCAAGAGUAUCUAGACUGCCGAUAUUUAGCUGCAUGUGAAGCUAUGUGGCGUACAUUUGGAUACCACAUUCACAAAAGGAAACCAGCAGUUCAGAAGCUUAUUAUUCAUCUACAAGGACAACACUCAAUCACAUACAAAGAUAAAGAAAAUCUUGGACGUGUUCUCUCAAAAUUUGGUAUUGAGAUGAAUAAACGUUGUGAAGAAGCCCAAAAAUGGACAUAUAUCGAGUUCCCAGAUCACUUUGUCUGGGACAAGGAAAGCAAAGUGUGGCAUGAAAGGGUAAGAGGUCGCACGAUUGGCAGAAUAGUAAACAUCCACCCAGCCGCUGGAGAGCUUUACUACCUUAGGAUACUACUAAAGGUCGUACCAGGUCCGAAAAGCUAUGAUGAUUUGCUUACCGUCGACGGAGAGAAAAAGGAAACUUUCAAAGCAGCAUGUUAUGCUAGAGGAUUGUUAAACGAUGACAAAGAGUGGCACCAUGCAAUGGAUGAAGCAAAUCAAUGGGCGACCCCAUAUCAGCUAUGCCAUUUGUUUGUCCUUUUGCUAAUAUAUUGUGAGGUUGCAAACCCAUUACGUCUAUGGGAACACUGCUGGAAAUCAUUAUCAGAAGGAAUACUAGCACAAAAACGCAGAGAGUUUGGGUUCCCACGGUUCAAUUUAGAAGAGGACGACUUAAAGCAGUAUACGCUACUCGAGGUUGAAUCAAUUUUGCAUCACCAUGAAAGGUCACUAACGGAGUUCGACGAUAUGCCUAAGCCUGAUUUAAACCUUCUUAAGGAUGUUAAGAACAGCUUAUGGAAACAAGAACUGCAGUACAAUGUCAAACAAGAGACAGAAGAUCAUGCAAAAUUGUUUAGUACUCUCAAUGCUGAGCAAAAAAAAGUUUAUGAUGCUGUGAUGGAAUCAGUAAACCAAAAAAUGGGAAAACUCUUCUUUCUUUACGGUCCAGGUGGAACAGGAAAAACUUAUGUCUACAAUACAAUCAUCUCCAAGUUACGAUCAACUGAAAGAGUUGUACUACCAGUAGCUUCAUCUGGUAUAGCAGCCUUGCUUCUACCAGGUGGGAGGACAGCACAUUCAAGGUUCAAAAUACCACUACAUGUCACUAAAGAUUCGAUUUGUGAAAUCAAACGUGGGACAAUGCUAUCAGAACUACUUAUCAAAACAGAUCUAAUCAUCUGGGAUGAAGCACCAAUGUCACAUAGACACACUUUUGAGGCGCUCGACAGAACACUAAAAGACUUGCUAUCCGAGAAAGAUCCCUCCGCUAGCGAAAAACCAUUUGGUGGAAAAACUGUCCUUCUAGGAGGAGAUUUCAGACAAAUACUACCAGUUAUACCACAUGGUUUAAGAGCUGACACGGUACAAGCAUCUGUAAGCAAGUCAUCGUUGUGGGAUUCAUGCAAUGUGUUUGUCUUAGAAAAAAACAUGAGGCUUCAACAAUCAGAAGCCAGCUUUGCUGCGUGGGUACUAAGCGUUGGGAACGGUACUGCAAAGACAUGUGAAAAGAUAACUACAACUAAUGAAGAUGAUGGUCAAGUCGUGGUUAUUGAUAACCGCUUCCUUAUGAAGCAUAAUGGAAAUCCACUGAAACAGAUUGCAAAGUCCACUUUUGCACUAAAUAAUGAGCCUCAACCCAACUUCAACAACCUAACAGAAACAGCUAUCCUAACUCCAAAGAAUGAAACAGUGGAUGAGAUUAAUGCAUACAUAUUAUCUCAAGUGCAAGGACAUGUAAAAGAAUAUCUCAGCUCAGAUAGCAUAGGAAAAGCAGAUACGAAAGGGCGAGAUUAUGCAGCACUUUACCCUCCUGAGUAUUUGAACUCCUUAGACUUCCCAGGACUGCCAAAACAUAAGCUAAGCCUGAAGAUAGGCGUUCCAAUUAUGCUUCUCAGAAAUAUCAAUCAAAAAGAAGGAUUAUGUAAUGGUACAAGGCUAAUUGUCACUCAAAUGGGUGAACGAGUGAUUGAGGGACAAAUACUCACAGGCACACAUGCUGGUAAGAAGGUUCUACUCCCUAGGAUUAUUCUAUCACCGCCAGAAUCAGAUCACCCUUUUACUCUACGAAGACGACAAUUUCCGAUAAGAGUGUGUUACGCCAUGACACUUAAUAAAAGUCAGGGGCAAAGUCUUAAAUCGGUUGUCUUAUACCUACCUAAACCGGUGUUUAGCCACGGCCAACUAUAUGUCGCUCUAUCAAGGGUUACCUCUCCUGAAGGCUUAAAGAUUCUGCAAGACGCUGACGAACAAGAAAUUGGGGUGAAAAAUAUAGUCUAUAAAGAAAUCUACAGCAACCUCCCAAAAUAG